AUGAAGGGCAAAUCACCUGGAUCCAUCCAACGCGGUCCGUAUCUUACAGGCGACCCCGUCCUUCGGCUCGGAACGCGGCACUGUUGGACUCGACAGGCUCGGCGAAUGACUGCCUGCAUCUUCUUGAAUCCGUUUGUCAAGCUCGUCUUUCCCGGCGUCGUCAGAUUGUACCACAUGGACACCCAAAAGCGCAGUCCGUCCGCAGACGAGGCCACUUCUGGACCUGGACGCAACUAUCUUGCCAGCGAGCCCACGACGGACGGCGACAUCAUUGUCUAUCGAUUGAGAAUGGGCACGGAAAAAGCAAAGACCUACAAAGCCUUGCCGCUAGAAGAACGAAGACAAUUCUUGAUCGACAACUACGACGCAAAGAUCAUGCGCCCGUCUUUCAACUCGCUUCCGGCCUGA